AUGUCUAAAAUUUCGGUUUGCUCCAACGCCUCAUCCUCCUCUUCCUCAUCGAAAUCAUCAAUUUUGGUUUCGCAGAAUUCAACGGCCAGCCAUUCUGAUCAACACGUCCGAUUUACCAUUCCAAAAUUCUCGGAGCACGUUUCUUUUGAGCGUGACUUCUUCCGGGAACCUUCUCCAACCCCUGUAACUUCAACCAAGACCAAAAAAUCGAAAAAGGUAAGAGAUUCUUCGAGUCGAACAUCAGCUAUCAAGUGUAAUAUAAAAUCCUCGAAUAAAAUACUAAUUUUCCCAAUUUCAGAACUCCAAAAUCCCAAUGGACGAAGUUGAAAUGCUCCGAAAAGGCCUUCGCUCGCAACAUGGACAGAUUGUGCACAGUGACAGCGACGAUGACUUCGUCGAACAUGAUUUCCGAAGAAUUUUGGCUUAG